AAUGUCACAUCCGGUAACCACCUCCCGUUUUCGUUUGUGGAAGACGAAGAAGACGACGAAGUCACAACGAAGAAGAGGAAACCCCACCACCAGCACCAGCUUCCAAAAUGGCAGCGAACGCUAGCAGCACGGCUUCUCAACCUGGUAGCAGUGGCCCAGGAAAACAGUCCGGCCACUCCGCUGAACAGGUGGUGGCCACAUUUCAGAGGAUGCGUCAGGAGCAGCGCAAUAUGGCCUCUAAAGCAGCCGAGUUAGAAAUGGAAUCGAAUGAGCACAGCCUAGUCAUCGAGACCCUGAAAGGCGUGGAUCCAUCCCGGAAAUGCUUCCGGCUUGUCGGCGGCGUGUUGGUGGAGAGGACAGUGAAAGAGGUUCUGCCGGCCUUGCAGAGCAACAAGGAGCAGCUCUCCAAAAUAAUUGAGUCCAUCAACACCAAGAUGCAGGAGAAGGGCCGUGAACUCGCGGAGUACAGAGAACGCUACAACAUUCGGCUGGUGGGCGAGGGCGAUGCGCAAGGCCAGUCGAUGGACUCUUCCAAGGAGAGUGAAGGAAGCGGUGGAGCUGGUGUUUUGGUUUCAUAGUUUUUUUGAUUGGCAUGGUUUUCUGCUAUCUUGCAUACUGCUUGAAAAUUGACUUUGUCUCAAGAUUUUGAACUGACAACUGCAGGAUGGGACGUGCCGGACUAAACCCGUUUUUGUUUUUUUUUUUAUUUGAUAAAGCUCGAAUGCUUGUGUGUUCAGUUGGUAAAUAAUGUCAAGGUCCUCAUGUUGGAGCAAUGACUUUUGUUCUCACAAGAUGCAAGAAUGAAGACAUUUAGAAAUAUUAAAAAAAGAUUAAUCAUAUUUUGGUGUGUGUAAAUGUAAUAUUUUCAAUAAAGAUUUGAGAAAAAGAUAAAUGAAA